AUGAGCCGGAGCGACGUGUCCUUGCCUUUCCUCCCAGGACCCGAGCGCUGGCAUGAAAACUACCCCAUGGCCAAGGGAGACAAGCAGUCACCCAUUGAGAUCAACAGCAAAGACGUGCAGCACGACACUUCUCUCCUCCCUUGGCACACCAGUUACGAUCCCGGGGCAGCGAAAACCAUCCUGAACAACGGGCGCACCUGCCGCGUCGUCUUCGAUGACAGUUUUGAUCGAUCAGUGCUGAGAGGUGGGCCGCUCACAGGAGCCUACAGGCUGCGUCAGCUUCAUUUGCAUUGGGGUUCCUCUGAUGACCAUGGCUCUGAGCAUGUUAUAGAUGGGGUGAAAUAUGCAGCAGAGUUACAUAUGGUGCACUGGAAUCCAAAACAUGGUAAUUUUGCUGGAGCUUUGAAACAACCUGAUGGUGUGGCUGUUGUGGGCAUUUUUCUGAAAAUUGGAAACAAUCCCAAACCAGAGAUUAAGAGAAUUCUUGAAGAAAUUGAUAACAUUAAGACCAAGGGGAAAGAGGCUCCUUUUCAGCACUUUGAUCCUUCAAUCCUUUUCCCCAAAUCUCGGGACUACUGGACCUACCAUGGUUCGUUCACUACACCCCCCUGUGAGGAGUGCAUCACUUGGAUUCUCUUGAGGGAGCCGAUUGAAGUCAGCUCAGACCAGAUGGCGAAGCUCCGUAGCCUUUCCAAGAAUGACGAGAACGAACCUGUGACCCCACUGGUUGAUAACUGGCGCCCACCUCAGCCUGUGAAGGGCAGGAUAGUGAGAGCCUCGUUCAAGUGA